AUGGCUAUUCCAUGUGCUUUUCUGGAGCAAGCAUUGUCUUGUGGCUGCCUUGGCCAGCUGAGGCUCGUCGAACAUUUCACUUACGGCAAGAAAGAGAACUGCAACUCACCGAGCCCAUUUCGCAGCUUUACAACCACUGCAACGGAAGCAACAGAGGGCCUCGAAUCUCACUUUCCCGAUAUGGAGAACCCAAAGCGUCCUCCGCAACUCAUUGCGCAGCCACCACACCCGGUGAACGAAGAAUCGCCAUGGAACCAGGGCCUAAUGGUGUACCUUGAAGAGCCAUCACCCUCUACGCCAGAGCAUGUUGAAAUGGUGUUCAUGAUGCCCGCCGAUAUCGACACAUGUGCUCUCGACGAGCGAACCGAAACCGAGAAGCUCGAUAUUGUGGAGGCAAUUCGGGAGAGCACCAGCGACACUCCAAAUGACGACUCGUGGGUGGACGAUGACCUGAUGCCGCUCCUGGAGGGCACGUUCGUUGGAAACGGAUCCAUUGUUCCACGACAGAUGCUGGAAUACCGACGCCUGGUUUCUGAUGUCGUACGGUAUAACUGCACAGUUGCCGCCACGAGCCGUCCACAGUGGGUAUCCUCAGACCCAGCUGGUGGAUAUGCGUGGUUGGAGGAGGAGAUGAGGAAGCGAUGGGCUGUGCGGCAUACCACCGAGGCCGGAAAGAAGCUGCGCGAAUGCAAGCUCAACCUUCUGGUGUUGAAGAAUGAAUCUCCUUCGGAGGAGAACGAGCAAGAACAGCGACGCUGCGAGAAGCUCAUUCGGUCAGCAAACAAGGUUGUUUGGGCGCAAUACAGGAACGAGACCCUGGCGACACUGGCCGAAAAGCAUCGGCUGGCAACGGAGCAGCCCUUGCAGGAGCUCGAGGUAUUGCAGAAGUUGUACGAUUCGCAGAGGGUUGAGCUCAAUGGCAGGUGCAAGAGCAAUGCCGACCUGUUCACCGCAGCGACCAACCAGCGUUACGGACUCGCCGUGACGCUCGAAGGAAGCAUGUCUCUUGUCGACACGUGGGUAGACGUUCUUGACCAGCUGCUCGACACGACGGCCGCCAGUAUGCGCAGAGUGCACACGCGCGUUGGAAGACUGAUGGCGAGGGAUGUUCGCGACGACGCGGCGCGCAAGGCGGAGACGGAGAAGCGGCUGGCGCAUCCAGAGGCAUUGGACUUUAUGUUUGAAGCGUGGAGCGACAUUGAGGCGACGGGAAGCAUUGCGAGGUCGAUGGGACGAUUGGCGGGAGAGAUUGAGGGGGAGCUGGGACGGGUGGCAUUGUCGGCGGCAGAGGCGAUGGGCGCGGAUAGGGAAGCCGAUGACGGUGAACAAAGAGGAGACACGAUGUGGAUGCAGCGGUGGGAUUAA